AGUUGACAGUGUGGCUGCGGUGUGUGACAGUUAAACGGCGCGCUCAGACGCACAGAGCCACACCACCACCACCACCUCUUCUACUACCACCACUACCAGCAGCGGCAGCAGCAAGGGCAGCAGCAGCAGCAGCUGAUACGCCACAAACCUGGACCUGGAGACACCCCUUCCACAGUGCGCUGUGCUCAGCCGGGGAUGUGACAUGACUUGUCCGAGUAAGAAACGUGAGCUGGUGAAUGGAACUGGAUUCCUCUCCGGGGGGUUAUGCUGUUCCUGUUCAGCAGAGAAAACUGAAGACCAGCAGAGCGACACAGCGCACCUUUUUUGCGUGAAUCUGCUGGUAGAUCACGACUCCUCCUCGCUCACUGUUAUUUUUACUGGAGAGGCUGAAGACCGUUGUCAGGCGCCUCGUGAGUUUUUUAAGAAGUGGGAAAUCUGACGUUUCUUCUUGCCUCUCUCGGCCCAGUGUCAAGAUGCCAUGAACUUUGUCUUCCAGACCCUCUCAGCUAUCAUAACCAGGCUUUGUUGUCCAAUUCAUUAGAGAGAUUCCUGAGUCCACUCGCCACGCUGGAGCCCUCUCAUUUCUGGCUGCUGAAUAGAAUGGCUGCUGAUGACCGGCAUCUACCCUCCAGCUGCGGGUCCUACAUCAAGACGGAGCCAUCCAGUCCCUCUUCGGUCAUCGACACAGUCAGCCACCACAGCCCCAGCGGCAACUCAGACGCCAGCGGUGGCUAUGUCAGCGCCAUGAACAGCCACUCGAACGGCCUGGACUCUCCCCCUAUGUUCACUCCCAGCGGCCUCGGGGCUGGCACCUGCCGCAAGCGCUAUGACGACUGCUCCAGCACCAUCAUGGAGGACUCAUCCAUAAAGUGCGAAUACAUGUUGAACUCCCUCCCCAAGAGGCUGUGCCUGGUCUGUGGAGAUAUAGCCUCGGGGUAUCACUAUGGGGUGGCCUCUUGUGAGGCCUGCAAAGCCUUUUUUAAAAGGACAAUACAAGGUAACAUAGAAUACAGCUGUCCUGCCACAAAUGAAUGUGAGAUCACAAAACGGAGACGCAAAUCAUGUCAGGCUUGUCGCUUCAUGAAAUGCCUCAAAGUGGGGAUGCUCAAAGAAGGUAAGAAGAGAGUUCGUUUGGAUCGCGUGCGAGGGGGCAGACAGAAGUACAAGCGGAGGUUGGACGCAGAAAACAACCCGUACCUGGGCUUGACGCUCCCCCCUCCCACCAAAAAGCCCCGUGAGUACUGCUCCGUCACUAGCCCAUUGUCUCCCUCCUCCGUCGCCCCUCCUCCUCUGCCAGGCCGACAAGCAGUCACAAAGAUAGUGUCUCACCUGUUGGUGGCAGAGCCAGAGAAGAUCUAUGCCAUGCCUGACCCCACCAUGCCGGAGAGUGACAUCAAGGCUUUGACUACGCUGUGCGACCUGGCUGACCGUGAGCUGGUGGUCAUCAUCGGCUGGGCUAAGCACAUCCCAGGCUUUUCCACUCUUUCUCUGGGCGACCAGAUGAGCCUACUGCAGAGCGCCUGGAUGGAGAUCCUCAUCCUCAGCAUCGUGUUCCGCUCGUUGCCGUACGAAGACGAGCUGGUGUACGCUGAGGACUACAUCAUGGACGAGGAGCACUCGCGGCUGACUGGUUUGCUCGACCUCUACGUCUCCAUCCUGCAGCUGGUCCGCAAAUACAAGAAGCUCAAAGUGGAGAAGGAGGAGUUUGUAACGCUCAAAGCCAUCGCUCUGGCCAACUCAGACUCCAUGCACAUAGAGGACAUGGAGGCGGUCCAGAAGCUUCAGGACGCGCUCCACGAGGCGCUGCAGGACUACGAGAGCAGCCAGCAUCAGGAGGACCCGCGACGGGCCGGCAAACUGCUCAUGACCCUGCCCCUGCUGAGGCAGACGGCCACGAAGGCCGUGCAGCACUUUUACAGCAUCAAGGUGCAGGGCAAGGUGCCCAUGCACAAACUCUUCCUGGAGAUGCUGGAGGCCAAGGUCUGAUCGGAGGGUGGCCGAUUCGCCACGGCAACAGCAUUGCCGACGCAGAAAGUGACUCGAACCGACGUGGAGGGUUCUCAGGAGAGGGAGACGCCCACCGAGUGUGCAGGACAGAGACUGACCGCUCUCACUCCUCCUCUACCUGGAACCCUGGGACACGAAAUUUAAAAAAAAAAGAAAAGAAGAACAAAUGCAAAACUGGGUUAUUAGUAUAAAUAUAAAAAUGAUGCAGAUUAAUUUAAAAUAUAUAAGAAAUACUAUGUACAGUAAUAAUUUUUUUGGUUUUUGUUAAUUGUAAGUGGUCAUACUGUAUAUGAAGAAGGACCCCUCUGCCCCUCAGCAUCUUCAGAAUAAGUAGUUGCCAGGUCUUGAUUACAAGAUAAAGAAGAUUCUUUUUUUCAGAAAACUAGAAGUUCCUAAAAAAAAAAAAUAGUUCUGAAGACAGCAGAGGUGUCAACAACCAUAAACAGACUCACUUGUCUCACAGUUGUGUUUUUUGCCUGGACUUAACCAGGACAUGUACAUAUUUAUUAUUUGGAAGAGUGUACAGUUCAGAGUCUGGUGAACUUGGUGGCCAUUUUCUCUUGCACUCCUCCUCGGGGAGGGAAGAGGGGGAGGGGCUAAAUGUGAACUCUUAUCGGUUUAAAUGUCCUUGGAUAUACCUCUCCAGAGCAGUAAGUGAUCUAUGUGGCUCUGUUUCAGACUGGAAGACUUGCUGGUCCCAUGUUUAACCAAACUAGCAUAGGCAGGUACAAUAGUCAGUCGUCUUAUUCUGUAGUAACUCAGCAAUAAAGGGAGCUGUUGUGGAGCCAUGCUUAACUUUUUCUUUCAUGUGCUUUUGAAUGCGGCUGCCGCUGAUAGACCACGCUCGUGAGUAUCUGAGUCCCACCAGUGGAACGCACCGACGUACCACUGUUUCACACCGGUGCUUCUCCUCCUCCGCAGUGGUUUGUGUUGGUGCUGUUCACGUAACCUGUUGAACCCCCUGUUUCUGGUCACUGUUCAAACCUGGGCAAAUCGACACGCAAAUAAACGACCCGACCGAGGGCAGGUGAAAGAAAAUAAGCCGGUUUGGUGUGGAAGAAUCAAAGGAUUUAUGCCCAGUGGCACGAGUCCAGGAGAUUCCGUGUUCAAACAAUCAGAGGCCCAUAUGUCAACCGCUCUAUUUCGGGCCCUUUUAAGCCUGUGGCGGAGUCAUCGCACACACAGGGAGCAAGGUGUCCAGCAUCUGCUCUCGCCAUUUUAGACACCUCCCGUCUUUUAAUAGCCGCGCCUGCAUUUACAGGGCUCCGGCAGAACGGAGGUAAAUGGCAGGUGCAGCGCCGGAGCGGUGGCACUUCACACUGGGUUUAUUUUUAAAGCGGCGGGUGGCUGUUGUCCUCACAGUUCCACGACAGGAUUACAGUAGACACGUGGAACACUUCUUCUUGACCUCAUGUUGACACGGUGGCCAGCGCAGAGCACCACGCUCCUCUGGGGGGGGGGUGGGGGGGGAGGCGGACGGGCAUCUGAGGGGGGAAAAGCUCAGGAUGCCCGAGCACACACGUGUGAAUAGCUAUGCAAGAAACAAAGUGUCAGCAUGCUCCAGCAGUGUGUCAGUGCCGAUCUCUGGUGGUAGAAAGAUCUCACGCUCCCUUCUCUCCCGUGUUUAGUUUUAGGUCCAUUACGCUGCGUGUGAGUAAUUCUGUAGUCCAGUCCAACUGAGCCGCUGGUCUCCAUGUGGGACAGAAUGUGUUGGAGGGGAAUGCUUAUACUGCUGAAGGAUUUUAUGUGAUGUGAUAAAUUGUGGCACUGUCACAACAAUAUGAUACUGUGAUCAAAGGAAUCCCUGACAUUGCAGUAGGGUAGAGUUGCUGCCAUGCUUGUGAUAUCAUUGGCCAGCACUGAUCCAGCGGCCGGCAUGCCUUUUUAUACAGCGGCCCGAUUGGCCACAUAGCGAAGGAUCACUACGACGCCCACUCCUAUUCAUCCCCGACUCGAACUAGCCGCUGUCCAGUUAACAAGCUCCACUGUAGAGGGUGACAUUAUAACUCGAGUUGUUUUACUGUUGUGCAAUACAACAGGGACCAAUUCUGACUGAAGCCAUGCUGAAAGCAUGCUUUUUACUUCGAUUUGGGGGGGGAUUUGUGUGCCGUUAAGUGGCAUAUUCCUCUCCCCUCUACCCAGAAACAUGUAUCCUGUAUAUCAGAACUAUAUUUGAUUUGCUCUACCGAUGAAAAGACUUUUGUGCUUACUUCAAUAAAAAAAAAAAAACUGCAGUAUAAAUGCGAAUACUUUUGCAGAGAAUCUUUCCAAAAACAGUUUUGUAGUGGCCCGAGAUGAUCAGCCAUAAUGAUUUUGAUUCUUUUUCUUUUUACCUUGCAAUAUGACACUGUGCUAAGUAAAAGACGAACACGUCUUACAUGACAAGCUGUGUCUACGUGUGUAAAUAUAUCAGCGUCAAUACAGUAGGUUGCCGAAAUACCAUUGAAAAUAAAGUAUGCAGCGCCCUGCUGGCUACUACCUCAUUAUCAUAUUGUCAAUAUUUCUCUGAUUGAACUCUUUCUGCUCUAUAUCAGCCUCACGUCUGUAACUUACCUGAGCCAUCCAUGUUUUUAUCGAAGACCGUUUCCCUCAGUGCUCCUGCCAAAAUGUUUGUAAUUGUAGUUACGGAUCUCCUCCUCCCCGUCAUUCUUCACGGAUCUGUUUGUAAAGUAAAGCAUGCUUCACGUUGACCAUACGACUUGGCCAUCAGUGGGUGUGACGCCGCCCCCCCUCCCUCCUCCUUCCUCUCAUUUUGGUUACCAAGCGGGUAUGUGUUUAUAUGAACAUCUGUGUGUCAGAAUUGGUCCCUUGAUGACAAAAUUGCAGACAGGGGCAGGUGACUGAUUUCCUGCUUCUGUGCUAUGAGUAUUUAUGGUGUGAAAUAUAUCAUUUGGCGAUGGUGUACAUUGAUAUCUCGUUGAAUCACCAAUAUCUGUGUAACUUUUAUGUUUUGAUUUUCAAAAAGGUAAAGGAUCAAUGAAUUAAAUACUCACUGAACUCUGUGA